AUGAACGGCGACACCCCAGGCAGCGGCCCCGAGAUCGAUCUCUACGAGAUCCUCGGCGUUCCCAGAGAUGCCUCCCAGGCCGAUAUCCGCAAGGCAUACAGAAAAGCGGCUCUGGCCAGCCACCCCGACAAAGUGCCCCCCGAGCAACGAGAAGAGGCAGAAGCCCGAUUCAAAGCCGCCUCCCAGGCCUAUGAAAUCCUCUACGACGACGAGAAGAGACAUCUCUACGAUGCCCACGGCAUGGCCGCCUUCGAUGGGUCCCGCGCCGGCCCCGGCAUGGGCGGGGAGGUGAACAUGGAAGAUAUCCUCAACAUGUUCGGCAUGGGGGGUGGGAUCCCGGGGAUGGGCAUGCCGGGCAUGGGCAGCCGCAAGAUGCGACGGAGUCCCGAUGAGAAUCAGAAAUACGAAGUCACCCUGGAAGAUCUGUACAAAGGCAAGACGGUCAAGUUCUCCUCCACCAAGAACGUCAUCUGUUCAAAGUGUAAGGGCACGGGCGGUGUCGAGAAGGCCCAAGCGAAAGAAUGCUCCGCCUGCAAGGGGCAGGGUGUCAAACAGGUCCUGAGUCAGGUGGGGCCGGGCAUGUUGACCCAGCGCAUGGUGGAAUGCGGUGCCUGCGAGGGAACCGGCCAAGUGUUCAAUCCCAAGGACAAAUGCAAGAAGUGCAAGGGUAAGAGGGUCACGGAAGAGAAGAAGCAACUCGAGCUCUACAUCCCGCGUGGGGCUCGAGAAGGGGAUCAAAUCCGGCUCGAAGGGGAGGCAGAUCAGAUUCCCGGGGCAGAACAGACAGGAGAUAUCGUCUUCCACCUGGUCGAACAACCGCACGAAGUGUUUCAGCGCACGGGCAACGAUCUCAGCGCCAAACUCGACAUCACACUCGCCGAGGCCUUGACGGGCUUCCACCGCGUGGUGCUCAAACACCUCGACGGCCGCGGCAUCGAGCUCAACCACCCGCAAGAACCGGGUCAGAUCCUCCGCCCCGGCGAAGUGCUCAAGAUCCGUGGGGAAGGCAUGCCGCUCAAGAAGUCCGACGCCAAAGGCGACCUCUACCUCGUGGUCGAGAUCAGCUUCCCCGAGGACGGAUUCUUCCUGGAUAAGCCCGGGGCGCUGGAGCAGCUGCAGAAACUCCUCCCGGGACCCGAGCCGCCGAUUGAGGCCGAAGACGCCGACGAGGUCCAGUUCGAGGUGGCCGACAUUGAGGAAAUCGGGGGCCAGGAGGCGCAGGAGGCGUGGGAAGACGAGGACGGCGCACACGGCCCGCAGUGCCAGACCCAGUAG